AUGAUCGAGAGCAGACGAAUAUGCGCGAACCACGGCGUCAAGGCAGUGUGCAUUAUCGACAGAGAGCUGGUGUGCGUCUCCUUUGGAAAUACAAUAAAAAUAAUAAACGUAACAACUGUAGAUGUGCUUCUGCAUUUUGCAGCCUCAACAAGCAGCAACAUCUACGGAUUGACAUUUCAAAGGAGGUCCCAAAAUGGUGGCAUAUUAAUUGCCCACGGGGUGCACAAAAUUUAUUGCUAUAAGCUAAAUAUUUCUUCAAAUGGAAAAACCUGUGAUUUAAAACUUGUUACUAAGUACUGCACCAACAAGUGGAUACUACGGGCAAAGUUCUUAAUCCCCACUUAUAAAAAAACCGAUGAGGGAUACUACGAUGAGAAUGUGAAAGGAACUCGUGGCACAAAGGAUAACCGCAAUGUGAUUCUUCUAUGCUUAAGCAAUGGAAGCAUUGUACUACUACACAUUUACAGAGGGAUCAGCUCGAGGAAGUAUAAGUUCAGAGGAAUACACCUCCUAUACAGUGCAGACAUUUCCAUUCAUGAGAAAAAAAAAAUGUACAAAAUUGAGGUAGCUGGAGGAACCCCUUUCAACAAAAUAUUAUUAUGGAAUUUCAAAUUGAGAAAAAAAAAAAAAAUUCUAAAAUUUUGCCAUCCCAAAAAAAUCACUUCUUUGGAACAUACUGAACAAUUAGCGGGACACAGAGGAAUCAUUUUUAAGGUCAAGUUUUUUCGAAAGAAUAAAUAUGUCGGUUCCGUCUCGGAUGACAGAGAGGGGCGCAUAUGGAGACGGAUGUCUGUAAAAGCGCAAAAGGAACACCCCCUUAUGAACACACAAAAUGGAAACGAAUUGAUCCAGUGCAACCACAACCGCUACCACGCACAUUAUCACUACCAAUGCGUUAGGGUGCUAACUGGGCACGAUGCCCGCAUAUGGGACAUCGACAUGGGAGUGUUCAACAAGCAGAUUUAUUUCAUGACGUGCAGCGAAGACUCCACUUGCAUUGUCUACGAAAGGGGGAAUACCGAGAAUUACUUCCAAUUCGGAAACAAUAACGGAAGCACCGUCAGAUGUAUCUGCUUCCACGCACCUUUGGGGGUGAUCAUUUCGGGUAGUGACAAUGGCACUGUGCAUGUCAGGUCCCUGUCCUGGGGGGUUAGCAAAAAUUGUGCCACUACUGCUGCGCCCAACGGUGUAGCCGGCCAAGCGGAACCAAAGGAAUCCACUCACACGAGCACUGUGCAAAUAACGAAUGGAGACAGUGCGUGCAUGGGUGGCCAUUCCGAAAGGGACCACACUGAUGACAUCCACAUGGCUGAGUCGAAAAGGGUUAAUCUCACCGACGAUGAAAGCAUUUCCAACGUUAAUCAACCGUCAUAUACAAAGCAGAGUACCCCCUGCAACCAGUUACCAAACGAGCCGGGUACGCAAUACACAUGUGCAAAGGACCUGGUGGUGCAAAACGACUCCGUCCACUUUGUAGUGGACUACCUGGAGGAAAAACUGAAAAAGAGUAACGACUGGAUCAGGUCGGUAAGCUACGUAAAUUUAUACGACAUAAUAAUCAGCACCAAUGCAGGACGCAUAUACGUCCUUAAAACGAAAGACACGAAAAAUAUAGAAGUAUUGUUAAUUUAUGAGGAGGAAAAAAAAAACUACUUCUUGACGUGCCUGGCUUUUCAUGGUUUGGAUUAUAUAUGUCUCGGAUUUAGCAACGGAUUUUGCUCCUUCAUUUAUUUAAAAAAUGAAAAUGUUGCAACCGAGACGAUAAAAUCUGAUGAACAGAACAAGGAGCUAACUUAUUUCAAAUGCUUCAACCACCGCAUCAGUGAGAUGUGUUUGGUCCCCCUGGCAUCUGUGAAUUACGACAUGUUGAUUUCCCAUGGGGGGUAUGACAAUGUCGAAGACGUUUUGCACGCCUGGGUGAAGAAGGAGGUGGUGGAAGGGGGGACCUCCGAAGGGAGCUGCAGUAGAAACCGGUACAACAAUGGUGACCCCAGCGCAAUGGGCAGCUUCUACCAAAUUGUGUAUAACCAUGAGAAGGACCCACGCCAGAGCAGAGUGGUACACCUCCGUGCGUUACUUCUAGCCGUUUUUGACCACACGGGAGCUAUUCAAAUAUUCAGCGCAGAAAAAGGUGGACACAAAAUGCAGGUAAACAAAGUCGCGCAAACAGAAAUCGACGUGAAGAAUAAAAAGUCCAAAAUAAUUUCAGUGAAUUACCUUUUGAAGCAAAGGAAAAAAAAAAUGGGUAUCAUAUUUUUGGUGGGCGAUGAAUAUGGGUGUAUCUUCGUUAUCUAUGUAAAGACACCCAUUGAGCAGAAUUCAGAGGAAGUCUUUUACGACUUUGCUAAUUCUUUUGUCAAGUCGAAGCAUAAAUUACGUGUCCAUAGUAACAGAAAAGUGUUUGACAUUAAGAUAAUAGAUCGGUUUGUGUACUCGUGUGGGCAGAACGGGCAAGUCCUUAAGUACCAGCUGUAUAAGGAUGGAAACGGGGUGUAUACCUUAUACAGGCUGUGCUUAAUUAAAGUUGGUUAUUAUACCUCCAUUUAUAAGUUGCUGCCCAUGUCAGUUGGUAAGGAUAGGGAGGUACAUGCGGGGUCCAAUCUAGCGCUGGAUGAAGAAGUGGGUCACACGGGCAAUGUAAAACACGAAUACCGUGGAGACACCACGCAAUGCACAAACAUCAAAUUGCAGGGAAGCACUGCACCCACCCACGGUGAGGAGGAAAAUACACAGAACAUGUUCAUUUGCUGCUUUAAGGAUAAACAAUUCGUUCUUUACGAUUUGCGAAACAAAGUGGAGUACCUGUCCGUCGAGUGCGGUGGUUUCAGACGCCCCCUCAGCAUGUUCACGAAAUUUUCCCCAUAUGUGAUGAAAGCAUUUUCCUUCUGUUUUUGUAAAGAGAAGAAUGUCCAUUUUUGCGUGAAAACGUUGUGCAGCAGUCACCGGAAGGCCACCGUCCCGUACGAGCAAAUAUACAUCGACGCAGGGUUUCACGCCAAAAAUGUUUCAUCCAUCCUGUGGGUAAGUAAAAGAUAUUUGUGCACAUGUUCAGAAGAUGGAACGAUAAAGAUUGUUCAGGUGAAGAAGUGGUGUCCUGCAAAAUCGAAAAGGAAGUGUUUCAUAAACAGGGGAAAUGAUACCAAUUGGGGGAAUAACAUGGGUGGCAGGUCGGGAGAAGAGCACGGCGCUCCCUCCAAGGAGGGCAAACAGGAUGCUAGACUAUCUAGCAGAAAAUUUGACGGCACGGAAUUUUCACCCGGGAAGAAGCAUUACUCCCCCUCCAGGCAAAGCCAAAUUAACCUCCUAAAUCAUAGAAUGGACAUUAUCCAAAAUGUGUAUAACCACAGUGAGCCAAUAUUCUACAUGUGCUUCUUAAAGAGCCCGUUUCACCAUUUUAAAAAAUUAAAACUGCUGACCAGCGUUGGAGCAAAAAACUCGAUCAACAUAUUUUACCUACAUAUGGAUGCUCAAAAAACACCCAUAAUUUAUCACGUAGAAAAGGUACGAGUGCAGAAGUUUUCCAGCGAUUUGCGCUUCCUAUCUGUGCAGGGAAGGUUCAGUGUGUUACUCACCGAUGGAAAUAAACACCUCCUUAGGGUGGAUCUAUUCGUUGGCACAUCACUUGGGGAUAUACUUCACUAUACAGGCGACUAUGAAUUUGCGCAUUACGAGAACAUCAUUUUUUGCAAAGUUGUGCAGCUGGCCCAUCUUGUAUGUUCAUACAAUUUGGGUAGCACCAUUUUGGCUUUAAGUUUAACGGACAUUUUUUUGAGUGCUUUUUUGGCACACAGUGGGUUACACGAUGGAAGGGGCCAUCUAACAAGUUGCUCUUCUCAAAAAAGGCUUUUAUUUGACAACUCUGCAGGGGAUGAAAAAGGAAGCUGUUCAUGUGAACAAUUUGGGGGGCAUCUACACACGCGAAACGAUAACGACAAUGAUAGCGUUGAAACUGAGCAGAUAAAUGGGGGGGAAAAAGCAGAAAAAUAUGAAGGUUUGACGUCCCCUCCCAACAAUCCGCAUGAAUCGACUGAGCAUCUUUUCCUAAACAAACGAAAGGGGAGUAAGAUAUUCCUGGGGAGCAUACUAUGCUGUGGAUUAAAUAACGGACAGAUUCAUUUCUACCAUUUUGGAAAAAAGCUAAUGCCGCUGAUGCAGAAGGUGAAGUUGCAUCAGAAUGGAAUAAACAAAAUAUGCGUUAAGAGGAAGAAGGACACAUUAGAGGUAUUCACCUGUGGGGAUGAUCAGUCCUUAAAUGUCCUCACGAUGAAAAUUUGUCUUCCUGCCGAAGCUUUGCUAAAUGGAGAGCCUAACAAUAUACACCUGUCAGUUGUACAAAAGAGGAGUUUUACCAACGCGCAUUUGUCCUCCAUCAGAUCGUUGGCCCUCUUUUCCAAUUUUGUGGCAAGCGUCUCCUGGGAUCAGUACAUCUCCAUUUGGAAGGUGAGAAGGAACAAGAAUGGAAAAAUUUUUUUAAAGAGGGAAAAAAAAAUCAAAAUGGCUGUCUAUGAUGUUUCGUGCAUAAAUGUUUAUGUAAUUAGGAAAAAGGAAAUACCCAAAAUGGCAUCACCAAAUGGGGAACAUCCCCCCCAUAGUGUACCAAUUGGCAGAGUAAGGAAAGGGUCAGAACGUUCGUCCAUCCCUCCUGGAUCCUCUCCCACUAGUGUAUAUUUAACCGUGGCUGGGUCGAAUGGAAGUUUGGAAUCCUUCUUCCUGAAUGUCGCCACAUAG